AUGAGUCGGAACGCGGCAAAUAUCAACACUUGUGUAUGGGAGGACUGGCUGUCCGCCCAGAGGGCUGUCAUUCCUCCUUUGCUUGAUGUCAAAAUCCUCAGUCCAAGAGUUAUCCGCAUAUUGGGGGGAAACCCUGGGCCCUUUCAGCUGCAGGGCACGAACACAUAUCUUGUUGGUAUGGGAGAGAAGAGGAUUCUGCCCGAAAGGCGGUUUAGACCAACAAGCUUAAAACCGUAUGCUGAUGUGUCACAGGGCAAGAAAUCAUGGAUAGACAACCUCGUCGGCGUGCUGGGGAAGCAUCACCUAUCCAUUUCGCAUGUGUUGCUCACGCACUGGCAUGGAGACCACACGGGCGGCGUUCCAGACCUGCUAUCUUCAGACAACGCAGUAUCUGUCAGCGAGGACGACGUGUAUAAGAACAGUCCUGACGCUGGACAACAGCCCAUCCACGACGGUCAGGUAUUCAGCGUUCCCGGCGCAACUUUGCGCGCCGUGCAUACCCCUGGCCACGCCGAGGACCAUUGCUGCUUUGUUCUCGAUGAGGAGAACGCCCUGUUUACCGGCGACAACGUGCUUGGACAUGGAUACAGCGUCGAGGAAGAUCUUGCCGCAUACAUGGAGAGCCUGGGGCGUAUGCGCGACUGCAAUUGCACGAUUGGGUAUCCAGCUCACGGCGAUGUCAUCAUGGAUCUGCCUAAAACUAUACGUUUGUACAUCCGUCACAUAGAAGCAAGAGAAAGCUUGAUCACCAGGGCCCUGAAGAAGACCGGGAGUGAGGGGCGAGGGCAGGGAGGAACAGUGGCGCCGUUAUCCCGCGGGCGGACUGUUGCAGACUUGGUCUUCGAGUUGCAUGGGAACUUGCCGGAAGAGAUAAUGAAGAUGGCACUGCUGCCUGCGGUGGGACGGAUCUUGGAAAAGCUGGCACAGGACAAGAAGGUGGGCUUUAGGAUCGCGUGGGGGGUCAAGCAUUGGUUCUUGAUGAUGUAG